CUUUUAAAAGAAGAAGAAUUGAACGGAGCGAUAGCGUCAACAAGACCAGUAAGUAAUUUCUUGGUUGCUUAACUUCAACGAAACCUCAAACAAAGGCCAUUAGAAGAAGCCAACUAAACCAAAGCAAACCUCCACAACCACCGUAUCUGACUGUUUUUAUUUAUAAAAUUAAUCAAAUUAGAAAAAAAUAUGCCUUCCCGAGAAGUCGAACAACCACUGUUAGUGGAUGAUGAAGAACAGAGAGCCUAUGGUGCCAGUGAGAAGGUAGCAAUCAUCGGGAUCGAUGAAGUUGACCUUGACGACUUAGCGAGUACGCCCUCGUUUUCAUGGAAGAAGCUCUGGCUUUUCACUGGUCCCGGCUUUUUGAUGAGCAUCGCUUUUCUCGAUCCCGGGAACUUGGAGGGGGAUCUCCAGGCCGGCGCAAUUGCUGGCUACUCGCUGUUGUGGCUGCUCAUGUGGGCCACCGCUAUGGGCUUAUUGGUUCAGUUAUUGGCAGCUCGGCUCGGCGUGGCCACUGGGAAACACUUGGCUGAGCUCUGUCGUGAGGAGUACCCCACGUGGGCUCGAAUGGUGCUUUGGGUCAUGGCUGAGUUGGCACUCAUUGGUGCGGAUAUUCAGGAGGUUAUUGGGAGUGCGAUUGCAAUACAGAUUCUAAGUAACGGGGUUUUGCCUCUCUGGUCCGGGGUUGUUAUCACUGCUCUUGAUUGUUUCAUAUUUCUGUUUCUUGAGAACUAUGGUGUGAGAAAAUUGGAAGCUUUUUUCGCUGUUCUCAUUGCAACAAUGGCACUCUCAUUUGCUUGGAUGUUUGGUGAUGCAAAGCCUAGUGGUACCCAGCUUCUUGUUGGACUUUUGGUUCCUAAACUUAGCUCUAAAACGAUACGGCAGGCUGUGGGAGUUGUGGGUUGCAUUAUCAUGCCUCAUAAUGUGUUCUUGCACUCUGCUCUUGUACAAUCAAGAGAGAUUGAUCACAACAAGAAAGGGCGGGUUCGAGAAGCACUCAGAUACUAUUCCAUUGAGUCUACUCUCGCCCUUGUAGUUUCCUUCAUUAUCAAUCUAUUUGUUACAACUGUUUUUGCAAAGGGGUUUUAUGGUACAGAACGGGCCAAUAGUAUUGGCCUUGUAAAUGCAGGGCAGUACCUGCAAGAGAAAUAUGGGGGUGGGUUUUUUCCAAUUUUGUACAUCUGGGGUAUUGGCUUAUUAGCAGCUGGACAGAGCAGCACUAUAACUGGCACUUAUGCUGGGCAGUUUAUCAUGGGAGGUUUCUUAAACUUGAGGUUGAAAAAAUGGAUGAGGGCAUUGAUAACACGAAGCUGUGCAAUUGUCCCAACCAUGAUAGUUGCUCUUGUUUUUGAUACCAAUGACGCCACGUUAGAUGUUUUGAAUGAAUGGUUGAAUGUGCUACAGUCAAUUCAGAUCCCUUUUGCUCUUAUCCCACUUUUGUGUUUGGUGUCGAAGGAGCGUAUAAUGGGGAUUUUCAAAACUGGUCCCAUCCUUCAGAUGGUCUCAUGGCUUGUGGCUGCCCUGGUGAUGGUGAUCAAUGGUUAUCUUUUGCUGGACUUUUUCUCUGUUGAAGUGAAUGGAGUGAUAUAUUCUACAGUAGUAUGUGCUUUUACCGGUGCAUAUGUGGUUUUUAUAAUUUACCUUGUUUCUCAGAGCGUUACUUUCUGUAGUUGGCGUUCUCAAUCCAAGCAGAUACAGGAAUCAAGUAAUUAAUCUUCAAUGCUCUUGCUAAUGGCAUAGCUGGAUUAUGAAGUAUAUGUAACCUACUAUUUGGUGGAGGUUCUCUAACUGCAUUUCCAGAGAAUCCUUUUUGCCUUAUUUAAGAGAAUAGCUUUUGAAGUUUUAUUCAUUCUUCUCAGGCUAUAGUUGUGUACAAAGUUUUUUCUGUCUUAUACAAAUUAACCGUAUUCUGUUGUAUACAGUGGACAGAAACAAACUGAACAUGGUCCUGAAACACUUAUGACUUAACUAUGUAGUUGAACAAUGUGACUCAGUCGAAUUUUAAUGUAUCUUUCCCAGAAAAGAAUAAAGAAAAAACUCUGUACUAUCUUAAAUGUAUUCACUUUUAACGCCAUUUGGAACA